AUUUUCACAGAUGGUAAACAAUUUUCUUAUUUUUUGUUUGUAGGGCAUAUGUUAAUGUUGCUCAAAUUUAGUUUAAUUUAAAUUUUCAUUCACUUCUUUUUUAAUAUGAGCCUUAAAAAUGCAUCGAAACACAUCGACAGUUUGUUUUUAUUUUUCGAAUAAAAUAAAGUUAUAGAAACAUACACUAUGUUUACCUUAUUAUUAUUUGUGAACAGAUCAAAGCGCGAGUUUUGUACGUGAUGCCUACACGUAAUACGCCGUUCCUAACUAUGAAGGACAUAUUCGAGAAGUCCCGCCCCGACCUGGAGACGGAACAGUUACUGAAGGAGGGAGACAUCAUCGAUGACGCUAAGGUGGUGAAGAUAUUAGGACGGUCGGUGCAGUUCCGCCUGCGGGAUGGGUGCGCGGGCACCAUGAGCCUUAAACACGUCGCCGUACACGAGGAUCUUGAUGAUGAACAGGUCGUUGCCAGCUUCUACCCAAUAGGUAAAUAAAUAUAGAUAUUAUAAUUAUUUUGCUUUAAUUUCACUUUACUUGAAAUCAAAUCACCUGCGUAUAAAUAUAGGAGUAAAGUUUUCACGAGAAAAGUAAUAUUAGAACCUAAUCAUAUUAAUAUUUGAGUUAUACAAUAAUUAUGUGUGUAAAAAGAACAGAAACUCCGACCGUCGAAUCUGGAUCUGAACAGAAUUAGACAAGAGAUCACAUACAUCGCUCAGGUACCAAGAUACGUAGCUCUAGCCCUCGUGUUAAAUAGUAUCUGAGACAACGAAGGGGCCGCAACACUCGGACCGCAGACAUUUAUUAUAUUAACCCGACGUGGUAUCGAACCCGUGUCCUGAAGCGAUGGCGAUGACACCUCGAAACCGUCACGCGAGCCACUCGGCUGCGGAGGGCAGUCGAUGUACAUUGUGAUGAUUUAUUUUGGCACUUGUUCAGGCAGUUGUCAUAGGGUCCGCGUGACGUCAUACAACCCGUGCGACUUCUUGUACACGGUGAGCGACCGCGCGGACGUACUCGCCGAAAGAUACUUCACUCUGGCCGCCAUCAGCGUCGGACAAAUUGUCGACGCGACUGUACGACAAGUCACCGACAGCCAUCUGCUCGUCGACGUCGGACGGACCAACGGAUAUAUACCCAAGACCCACUUCUCCGACGCUGGCAUAUUCGUGGAUCCAAAAAAAGCGUCACACUCGAAGCUCACUAAGAAAUUCAAGCCUGGUCAAACGCUACGUGCUAGAGUACUCGUGGUGGACAAGGCGAAGAACAGUCUGCUUCUGACACUGAAACCCACGUUGCUUGCUGAGGACCUGGAAAUUUUAAGCAGUUAUGAGCAGGCGCAGGUCGGGAAGGGGUACACCGGAUUCAUUAGAGUAGUGCGUGACUACAUCGUGGUGUCGUUCUUCAACAACGUGUCGGCAUACGUGCCGCGCCAUUACGUCACUAAAGAACCGCUGGAAUCGUUACAGGACGCCUUCCAUCUCGGACAGAUUGUCAACUGUACAAUUUUGCGAGUGGAUGCUGAAAAUAAGAAAAUGGGCGGUAGUCUCACAACAGUUCCGUUCUGGCCAGCCAUUAAACGUGAGAAAAUUAGGAAGCGGAAAUCCAACAGUGACGAUUCAGACGAGUUACCAAAUAAGAAACGAAAACAAUCAGAUCGAGAUGAGAAAUCAAAUGAAAGAGUAAAGAAGGAAGAUACAUACGAGGAAAACAAUGAUGUUGAUGAUAAAAAGAAAACUAAGAAAGAUAAAAAGAAAAAGGAGUCGCAUAUAGAUGAGGAACUUACAAGUGAACAAAUAACGAAGAAAAGUAUAAAAUCUAAAGAAAUAAUUGAAGAAGAUGAUGAAAAAACUAACAAAAAAGAAAAGAAAACAAAUAAAAAAAAGAAAAAAGGAGACAGUGAUGAGAUGAAUAAGGUAUCCGAAGAAAGUGAUGCAAUAGAAACAGAUAUACAUGAAGACAGUGACCAAGUUUUGACGCCCGAAGAUCUGUUCUUAAUAGAUUUAUCGGAUUGUAACGAUAUACACAAAUGUAAAAAGAGAAUAGUAUCACUAACGAAAAAUAUUAACGCACGAAUGAGGCGCAUAGAAAGAAUAGACGAAAAGAUUCAAAAAAUAGAAAACGUAGGACUAAAUGCGAAAAAUAAAAAAUUUCAUACAGCUAUGCAUAUGGAAAAAUUAGUGAUAGAAGAGAGGAUUAAGAAGUUACUGGAAGGAUUAAAGAAUGCUCAGGAGAAGUUAAAUGAUUUAGGUUAUGAUGGCGAAGAUGACAGGACAAAAAGGAAAAACAGAAAGGGAUCGACGAGUGACGAUAUAACCGAGGAUAAACCUGACCAUAUAGAAACUAAGGCCACAAAAGAAAUGAAGAGUAGAUUAAAGAACAACGACAGAAAAGAAAGCGUAGCGGUUAAGGAUGUAAAAGAAAGUGAGAAAAAGAAAAUAAAGGUCGUGGAGAGUUUAGAGCCGGUGUUGGAAAUUCCGAGUGCUAAAGAUUUCUGGGCUGGUAUGGAGAAUCUGUUACCGAAUAAAGUUCAAGAGGAUGAAUCUAGCAGCAGCGAUGAAGAGGUAAGUUUCCACUCGCUGGCUUGUAUAAUAAGGAUUAAAAGUUCUUUGCAGUAUGAUAAAUAUCGCUUUUUAUAUUUGAAUGUAACCUUACGAU